AUGUUGUUCACCACUCCCGCAUUCGCCCUAUCCUUGGCUUCAAGUUUCAGCUUCGCAUCUGCAAGCGAAAUUUAUAGCGGCGUCGCUGUUCGUACACACAAUGCCCCAGGCACAAACAUUGCGCAUACCCUUGAAGCUCUCCACCGCGCUCUUUCAGAUGUCAACUUGCACGAGAGAAGCUCCAGAGUGCUUGAGAAUAGCACCACGUUCGAGAAGAGUUUUGAUGAUGCCGUACUCUUGAGUUUCGGAAAUGAGAUUGACACCAGCAAGUCUACCUCAGAUGAACUAUCAAUCAAGGUCACUUGCACAAAAUGCUACAUAAAGGCCAAUGCCACGGCUCAGCUCACUGUCGAUGGCAAUGUAAACGCCACACAAGAGUUUGAGACGUUCAAGAACCAGAUUUCCGGGGAAUUCAACAGCACGACAGAUAAACUCGAACAGUUUUUCAGGAAACAAGUCUCAAACGAGACAGAUUUUCUGGAUGUGUUUGAUAUCGACAACUUGGACUUAACUACUACUGAUGUCAAGCUCAACAUUCAUACUGUUGACUUCCCUGGGUGUUUCCUGAGCUUUCAGUUUGACGACAUGGAGCUCUACAUGAUGAUGGACACGACUCUCUCUGGUAGUGCCACCUAUACCAUCAACAUAUACACUUCCAAUACUCCACUUGGCAUUUCUAUAGGCAAGGAUUCCUCAUUAGGCAUUAUCUUCACCAUCGACCUGAUCCUCAGCACGGAGGCACCAGUUAGCCUUAGUAGUGGAUUCCAUAUCAAAGUUGAUGAUGGAGCAUCUUUCCACGUUCCGCUCCUUGGCGAAAACAUUACUGAUACAAACAUCCCCGGCGGCAAGUUCGAGUUCCUCCCUGUAACAAUCCAAAGCGAAGGUGGCCUCCUCAAUGCCGUCCUCCGCAUCGGCGUGCACGCAGGCUUCGAUAUCCAUACCCCAAAUAUUGGCAUUCCCAUUCUGAGUGCUAGCGCUGGCGUCGAAGUGGGCCUGUUCGUCAACAUUGCCGAGUUCACCACCAACGUGACCACCGCCAAGGAAGAAAACGACCUCACCUGCGAACUGCGCGUCGUCGAGACGUACCAGCUCGCCGUAGGUGCCACAGCGGGAGCCACUAUCGCGCUGAACAGCCGCACAUGGGGUCCUGAUCUGGAGACGACGGUACCUCUUUUCUCGACAGUCUUGGCGGAUGCGUGUGCCACUCGUACUGCUGCUGCUGUGACCACGACGCCGGUUACGGCGAGUACUAAUGUUGGUAAGAGGGCGGAUCUGGAGACGAUUACGACUACUGAGGAGGUUACUUUUACUGGGGUUAUGUGCCAAUCGACGGGUUUGAUCAAUUGUCCUUUGUCCUUGCAGAGCACCACGGUGACAUUGUUUACGACGACUCUGGUCACUGCUGUGCCGUCGGGAGAUGAGGCGACGUUCCGUCCGACGACGCGGGAUGACGUUACGGCAACGAUAGAGUUUGGUUCGCAUGCGCAGAAGUUAUUCGAGAGCAGCGGGAGUCCUGUGUCUUUUACCCCGACUCCGACGCCGACUGACUGGGAGGAUGCCGUCCGUGAUAAGACCGAUGGAGUCGACAAGCGCACGGCUAUUGGCGUCAGUGUUGGGGUUGUAGUCACUGUACUGGCUGCUAUUGUUGCUGGGUGCAUGUAA